AUGCAUACCUUCUUCAAAUCCGCCUUCUUCAACUUCGAGUAUCUCCGGCUGCUCGCCAUGGCCCCUUCCGAGGGCGCCGAGAUCGGUGAAGCCCUCGAAGCCGCGGGGAAGAUCAAGGACCUCGACCCGGAGAGCUGGUAUGCGGCCUUCCUGGAGCAGGGGAAGAACGCCGAGGACAUUGCCAAGGAGGCAGAGCGGUCAGGGGACCGUGUGAGCGCCAGGCGGGCCUACCUCCGGGCGUCCAACUACAUCCGCGCGGCGCAGUUCAUGCUCAACGAGGGCGCCAUCGGCGACGACGCCCGCGUCCUGCCCGCCAUCGAGCGCGCCAUCGCCGACUUCCGCAAGGGGGUCCAGUACCGCGACGGCCAGACCUUCUUCCUCGACAUCCCCUACGAGAACGGCCUGAGGAUCCCCGGUUACCUCUACCUGCCGCACGACUCGAAGCGCAUCCCGGGUUCCAAGAUCCCGAUCCUGAUCAACUCGGGCGGCGGCGACUCGACACAGGAGGAGAUCUAUUUUGUCAACCCCGCCUUCGGGCCCGAGGUCGGCUACGCCGUUCUUACGUUCGAGGGGCCCGGGCAGGGGAUCGUGCUCCGGCGCGACAAGCUGCCGAUGCGUCCGGACUGGGAGGCCGUGACGGGGAGGGUGCUCGACCACCUCUUCGACUUUGCCUCCUUCCACCCGGAGCUGGAUCUGGACCUGUCGCGCAUCGCCGUCACGGGGGCCAGCAUGGGCGGCUACUUCGCGCUGCGGGCGGCCGCCGACCCCCGAAUCACGGCGUGCCUGUGUAUCGACAGCUUCUACAGCCUCGAGGCCUUCGCUUCGGGCCGCAUGCCCGCGCCGCUCUGGAAGGGGUUCGCGUCGGGCUGGCUGAGCGACGGCGUCUUCAACCUCAUCCUGCGCACGCUGCAGCGGCUCAACUUCCAGGCCCGGUGGGAGUUCAACCACCUCAAGUGGGUGACGGGCGAGAAGACCGAGGCCGGCAUUGUGCGCCGCAUCCGCGACUUCACCCUGCUCAACCCCGACGGCUCCGAGUACCUGGCCAACGUCAAGUGUCCCACCUUGGUCACGGGCGCCGGCGCCAGCUGGUAUUUUGACCCCUCUGCGACGACCGACAAGAUCUACAAGUCCCUUACCAGCUUGGAGGACGGCAAGGAGAAGGAGGUGUGGAUAGCGACCUCCAUUGCUACGGGUGGCCUCCAGGCCAAGAUCGGUGCUUUCCAGUACUCUGCCCAGAGGACCUUCUCCUGGUUGGACAAGGUCUGGGGUAUUAAGAGGGCGCCCCUGAAUGUUAGCAGUGAUAAUAACGGGGUCAACGGUUCUGCGUUGACGAAUGGGAAAAGAUAA